AAAAAUGAAUGGUUCUAAAUUGUGGAGCUUGCAUGUGCAUGACUGCAUGAUGAGGUUGUGCAUGGACCUAUCGGCUCAGCACCCUCCUUCAAUUUAGCCGUACAGGCGUGACUUUAGGACACCAUUUCUCAUCCAUAAACACACUGCAAACUCACUCAAAUCACUCGGAGAGAGAGAGAGAGAGAGAGAGAGAGAGAGAGAGGGGUGACCUGGUGAGCACACACAGGAAGAGAGCGGAGCAAAAAUGGACAGAAGGGUGGGUUUGAUAUGCUGCUUUAUGGUUGCAGCCGCAGCUAUGCAGAGCAGGAUUGCAGCAGCAGACACACACGUUGUGGGAGACAGUUCGGGAUGGACAGUCCCCCAAGAAGGCGCCACCGCAUACUCCGACUGGGCUGCAAAGGUGGACUUCAAGGUCGGCGACACCCUUGUGUUCAACUGGACAGGAACACAUGACGUGGCUGAAGUAUCAAACAGUACUGCUUAUGCCAAUUGCUCAAAGACAAGUACCAUCAACUCAGUUCUUUCAACAAGCCCGGUCAAUAUUAAUCUUACUUCCAACGGCACUCGCUACUUCAUCUGCACUGUUGGACAACACUGCGAGCGUGGCCAGAAGGUUACUGUUAGCAUCAAAUCUUCAGAAUCUGCUUCGUCUACGAUCGUCAGUGCCUCAUUCGCAGUGCUCCUAAGCAUGGCUAUCUCUAUCCUAAGUUAUAUGUAAAUGUGAAAAACCCAACAUCAUAGCAGAUCUUCUCCAUCAUUCCACGUCCUAUAGUUGUAGUAGACCUAGUUCAUAUGCAUGAAUAAAGUCCUUUUUCUUCUUGGUGCAAUAGAGUGAAUCAGGGAUAAGAUUGAUGGAAGCUUAAGGACCAAUAGCUUAACCUAGAUUGCUGAGGUUUGUAAUUUAUAAUUUGGACUUAUGAUAUCUAAUGAUAUUUUGAUUAUUUGAUGUGCAA